CUAUUCAAACAAUGGUUUCCAAAUCAGUCUUUUUACUCUGUGUUUUGUUGGCUAUAUUUGCUUUAUCGAGACAUGAAACAGAGGCCAGAUAUCUGCCUACAAGAUCUAAUGGCGAUAGAAUAGACAAAUUACGAGAACUACUUAAAGACCUUUUGGAGACAGAAUUGGAAAAAGAAGAUGCGGAAGUAACCAGAUAUCGACCAGAUAGUAAAAUCUAUUUUAAAAGAGAAGCGAAAUUAGAAGAACCUCCAAGAUCUAAACCAAAUAUAUCAACUUAAAAACACAACUUUAGUAAAAUAAAUUAAAUCUCAUAUGACGAAAAUACUGCAUCACACAAGGACGAAACAUUUUAACCUAUAAAUAUGUGUAUAUUUUUUAAAAAGUUUUAAUUUUCAAAAGGAAAUAAGAACUAUUGUGAUAGAAUCAGUAAUUUUGAUAAAUCGCAACCGUUCAUAAACAAAUAUUAAUGUAUAAAAAGAUGAAGAGAAAUCAGAACGUAUAUAUUUUGGCACAAAAAAUAUAUAUUUAAUGGUAAGUCAUAUAUUAUAAACUAAGAAUUUACUUAUAUAGAUAUUGGGAUAGAUAGAGACUAUUUGACAAUAAUUAUAAUCAAGUACAAGAUAUAAAUACGCAAAUGUAAUAUUUUUCUUGUUUGGGUCACCCUGUAUAUGCUUUUUUGUGUAAAAUUAAUAUUAUUAAAUUUGAGCAAUACCAGAAGCAAUUAUAUUAUUAAUAAUAAGAUAUUAUUAUAAUAUAUUAUACAUAGAUUUAAGAGUAAUUUUGUUUUUGGAUCUGGAUGCGAUUUAUCAAAAUUUGAAAUAAUAAUACUACUGUGUUUAUAUAAAACGACUUUUAAACAUAUGUAUCUAUGUUGAAAUUUUAAAGCAAUAGGUCUGUAGGACCUGUCGUUCAAAUGUGUCUUAAAACAAUUAAAUGAAAAGAAAUAA